AUACUAUGUCUAUGGUUCUAAGAAAUUAGCCUAGUGCAAUGUGCAAUCAUCGAAUCUGUGUGAUUGGCAUUGAAUAUUUCUGAUUUUUUCUUGUUCAACAUUGCUCAUAUAUGAAUAAAUAAUCUGAUAUUACAUUAUACACAGUUUAUGUUAUGAUAUAAUACCGGUUAGCCACUUUUAUCUUGAAGAUAAUUCCAAAUAAAAACAUAUAUAAUCGAUUGUUUUAUUUAAACUAUUAAAUUAUCGAACAUUAUGAGUAAUAGUAUGAGGACUACAAUUUUAAAAAAGAUUACAAAAUCCUUACAAAGUGAUAAUAAUAUAAACAUAUUUGAUAUUGCAUCUUAUUUGCAUUUUAAAACACAGAAAACAAAUGGAGUCUAUUCUUAUUUACUUCCAUUAAAAACCAGACAAUAUGAUAUGCAAAAUAAAGUACAUAAUAUCAUAGAUAAUGAUUCAAAUAGUAUUUUUAAUGUCAGUAUAGAAAACAAUGCAAUAUCCUUCAAUUUUUCCAGAGAGAAGUGCAUUAAAGAAAUUUUGGAAUGUAACUGUUUUACAGUAUCAGCUCCAACUUUUGUCAAUAAUAAAAAAAAUGUAAUAGUGGAGUUUAGUUCACCUAAUAUUGCCAAACCCUUUCACUUAGGACAUCUAAGAUCCACAAUAAUAGGAAAUUACAUUGCUAAUAUCAACAAUUUUGUAGAAAAUAACGUCAAGAAAAUAAAUUACUUAGGUGACUGGGGCACGCAAUACGGUCUAAUUCAAUUGGGAAUUGAUAUGGCAGAUAUUAGUGAGGAUGAAAUGAAAAAGAGUCCUAUAAAAGCGUUAUAUACAGCUUAUGUUACUGCCAAUAAAUUGGCUGAAACAGAUUCGUCUAUAUUAGAUCGUGCAAGAGAAAUAUUUAAUGACUUGGAAACUGGCAUAGGAAUCACAUAUGAACAAUGGAAAGCAUUCAAACAAUAUACUAUCGAAGAAUUGAAAAGGACUUAUGGUAGAAUUGGUAUCACAUUUGACGAGUAUCAUUGGGAAUCUAUGUAUAGUGCCAAGAAUAUGGAGAAAAUAAUUAUGUUAAUGGAGAAAAUGCAGUUAUUAAUAACAGAUGAACAAAAUAGAAAAGUUGUACAUCUAGAAAACGGUAAAAUCGUUCCUUUAAUCAAAAGCGACGGUUCUACUCUAUAUAUAGCUAGAGAUAUUGCAGCAGCUAUCGAUAGAUUUGAAAAAAAUAAUUUUGACUGUAUGUAUUACAUAGUGGAUAAUACUCAAGCCGAACAUUUUUUAAACCUGUUGGAGAUAUUGAGACAAAUGAAAAUGCCAUGGGUUGAAAGAUUGAAACAUGUAAAAUUUGGUCGAUUACAUGGUAUGCGUACGAGAAAGGGAAACAUAAUGUUUUUAGAAGAUAUCUUGAACAUCACUAGAGAUAUCAUGAAACAGAAACAAUUAGAUUCGCCUACCACCAAGGUUCAUCUAGAUUCGGCAGAUAAUAGUUCGGAUAUAUUAGGCAUUUCUGCGAUAAUAAUUAACGAUUUGAAGAAGAGACGACAACGGGAUUACACAAUCGAUUUAAAUGCAGCAUUUGAUUUGAAAGGGGACACUGGUGUGAAGCUGCAAUACACUCACUGCCGACUCGUUAACUUGAAGCGCAAUUGCGGCGUUGCCUUACCUUCGGAAUGCGAACCAAGCCUUUUACGAGAAGAAGUUGUCGAUGAUUUAAUCGUAUUAAUUGCCAAAUUCGAAGAGAUAGUAUUGAAAUCAUACGAAGAAAUGGAACCGUGCAUAUUAACGGGAUAUCUUUUUCAUUUAAGCCACGCAAUUAAUAAGGCCUUCAAAAUGUUGAGAAUAAAAAAUGAAUCACCUGAUGUUGCUAGUCAAAGACUGUUGUUAUUUCAUGUUGCUAGAAAUGUCCUCGCACAAGGUAUGAAAUUACUUGGUCUAAUGCCUCUGGAGCAAAUGUAACGCUGUGAAAAGAUGGUGAGUCAAAACACAACGCAUUGUUUCUAAUCUCGUUGCUAUUGUGGAAACUAUAUAUUGUAAAAUAUACACGCGGAAUAAUUUUUUUUUUUUUUU